GGAUUUAUAUAUGUGGUGAAAAGAGAUUCAUUCCUAUAUCUCUCGACUCAACUGUGUGGCGAAAAAGGCACCGACAGACAUGGCCGAUGUUGUUAUUCCCGAGACUCUGCUCAACGCAAGCGGCAAAGUAAUCCCGCUCCUUGGGUUCGGAACAGCCGAGUUCCCGUUUGGCUCCUCAGACAACGUGAAGGAACACCUUCUCCACGCGAUCCGAUUGGGCUACCGCCACUUCGACUCGGCCUCGGUCUACCUGUCCGAGCAGCCUCUCGGGGAAGCCGUGGCCGAUGCCCUCGAGCUCGGUCUCAUAAGCUCGCGCGAGGAUCUGUUCAUCACCACGAAGCUCUGGUGCAGCGACGCGCACGGCGACCGCGUCGUCCCUGCGCUCCUGAGAUCCCUCAAGAAUCUCAGGCUGGAGCACGUGGACCUGUAUCUGGUGCAUUUCCCGGUGAGCUCGAAGCCAGGGGAGUGUGAGAUUCUGGCGAAAGAGGAUCUGCUUCCGUUUGAUUAUGAGGGUGUGUGGAAGGCCAUGGAAGAGUGCCGGAAGCUGGGGUUGGCGAAAAGCAUAGGAGUGAGCAAUUUCUCAUGCAAAAAGCUCGAGAAGUUGCUCAGCAUCGCCGAGAUUCCUCCUGCUGUCAACCAAGUGGAGAUGAACCCUUUGUGGCAGCAACAGAAGCUAAGGCAAUUCUGCAAGGAAAAGGGAAUUCACAUCACUGCCUACUCUCCACUAGGCGCCAAAGGAACCCUUUGGGGGACCAAUAGAGUGAUGGAAUGCGAGGUGCUGCAAGAGAUUGCCAAAGCCAAAGGGAAGACGCUUGCCCAGGUUUGUUUAAGGUGGGCAUAUGAACAAGGAGUCAGCGUGCCGGUGAAAAGCUUCAACAUAGAGAGGAUGAAAGAGAACCUUGACAUAUUCGACUGGAGCUUGGGCCUUGAAGAACUGAACAAAAUUAGUCAAAUUCCACAAAAGAAAGGAUUCGUCGGACUUGAAGUAGUAUCCCCAGGUGGUCCUUACAAGUCUGCCGAAGAGCUCUGGGACAAGGAGAUUUAAUCAAGAAUGAUUAAUUGCUUCUCUUAGUUCAUUCAACUUGACAUUUAUUGAAUGGAUUAUCCUAAGAUAGUUGAACCUUAAUCCUAAAGGAAUGCUAGUUCCCAUCUAUUUUGCCGGGUUCAUCCGUCACUGUGCAGUAAGAGAUCAUUCCCUGCCAGGUUAACUUCGA